AUGAAUAAUCGAUUUCGCAAGAUCUUGGUGCCCUUGGCGCUCAUUUUUGGGUUCCCAUUCAUGGAACAAGUUUUUGCCACUGGAUGCGAAAUAGAGUACCACAGAUUCAACAAGACCCAAGUGAAAAUAUUAUAUGAAUGCAAGAAAGAGUGCGACGGAAGAGUGGUUCGUGCAAGUGAAAAUGCACUGUGCAUUUUUAAAUUUAAAAGUAUUUACUGGACGGCUACCAUGAUUUCUGGAUUCUGUGCUGACGGGGAGUGCCGAGAAACGAACGAAAGCGAAAUCUACAAGCAAGAGCUUCCCGAACCUUUCUAUGAUAUAAGAGAUCCUAACGAAUUGAGAAAAUGGCCUUUCGAAUGUCAGUUCACAAAUAUCCAGGAUGAAAAUAACAAGGUAUUUCUUUCUACCCAGUGCAGCCUUUAUUGUAACAAAACAAUAGUCAAGCUGCGGGAAAAUGGAACGCCAUGCGUUUUCUCACAAAGCUUCACAGAUCAGAAUGAUGUGACCAUCACCCCUGGAGUGUGUCAAAAUGGAGAGUGUGUGGACACAAAAUGUGGUACCAAAGUGAACGUUCACACAGAACUAGUCGUGAACCAGUUUGAAGAAUCCUAUGAAGAUUACAAAAAAAGAGAGCCCAAGGAAAAACCUCUUCAAGUUACUGGGAGUUAA